UCUGUCAAAUGUCAAUGUGAAAAAAUUUAUAUUUAUUAUUUCUGUUAUUUGUUUUUUCUAAAAUAUAUUUUUAUUUUAUUUAUUUACAUUAUCCAAAACGUGUCAUUAUAAAUGAGGUUGAAUCAAUAAUUAUUUAAUGCAUGGUAAAUUUUUUUAACAUGACCAAAAUAUUGAUUGUUUUCAUCAGGAGUUGGGUUGUUUGAGGACACAACCUGCCAAGUAACUUACUGACACAUCAACUCUGUUAUUUAGAAAUAAAAAAUAAUAUUUUCCAUCUAAAUUUCGUAAUUGUUAUGGACAAAAUAAAGGUUGAUGAUAUUUCAGCUGAUGAAAGUUUGAUUAAUUUAUGUGACCUUAAUGGUGAUUCUAUAACAAUGGUUAUUGCUGAUUCAAAUGUAUCAAAACAAUCUAGAAAAGCAGAUAAUUCAUCAGAAAAAAAAUCACUCCAAGCUCAAUCAUUUUUAUUAAUUGAAAAUGAUCGUGAUAUUCCAGAUUUUUUAGAGCUAGAACAUAGAGAUGAAGUUGAUCUUUGUUGUUGUGAAGGCUUAACAAAAAAUGUAACAACAAGAUGUACACAAACUAAAAUAAGUGGUGUCAAUGAAUCAGUAAAUGUUAUGUUAACAACUGAUCUUAAUCAUCCAGCAACAAUUUUAAAUAAAAAAAAAUCACCAAUACCAAAUCAAUAUAGUCAAGAUUUAAUGUUAGCAAGAUCACAAUUAGGAAAUGUCAAUAGAAAAUACCAAAAAUUAAAAGAAAGAUUUCAUAAACUUCAUUCUGAUUAUCACAAAUUAAUGGGUAUUGCUAAAGAAUUUACAAUUGUAUUGGGUAAUGCAGCAUGUGGUAAAUCAGUUGAUCCUCAAAAAACAUUAGCAACAUGUAUGAAAAUAUAUCCAGAUUUAUUUGAUCCAAAUAUUCGUCAUGAGCCACCAAUUACACCACUGGAAUCAACUUUGAAUAUUCAUAAUAUUGACAAUGAAAUGAAAAAAUUUAUCUCAAGUGCUGUGCCAUUGUCACCAAAACAUCUUGAUUAUAAAAAAAUAAAAAUUCAUCUUAUACAUGGAAAUCUCAGAACAAAAAUGCUUCUUCUUCAAGCACUACGUUGGACAAUAACUCUAAGUCAGCCAGAAGAUCGUGAUGAAGUUGUUCAUGAAUAUAUUAGAAAUGAUUUACUUGGUUUACAUGGACAAAUUGCAAGUGAUACUGGAAAAUUAAUUUUACCUUAUUUAUUGAUGCCUUUGGAUGUCGCAGUACCACAUCCAAUUCAACAAUCAGCAGCAAGAUUACUCAAUGCAUUUGCAUCUCUAAAAUGUGGCAGAGAUUAUCUUGCAGUUGGUCCAACAGUUUUAAAUGUUGUAAUUCAAUGUUUAGAUAGUACAAAUGCCGAGUCAAUUGAUGCAUUCACCUGUGACAUGAUUAUUGCAAUGUUGCAAAAACUUUCUUUACGAAGACAACAAAGAUUGUAUAUGAUUGCAGCUGGUCUUGUUGAAUGGCUAACACAUCAUUUAAAAUCCGAGUAUCAUUCAAUGGGUACUUAUAGACUUGAGUAUGCAACAGCACUCUUGAUGAAUUUAUCAUUACACAAAGAGGCACAGAUGCGUGCUGCUGAAAUGUCAACAAUGAUAAUAUCAACUUUAAUUGUUCUAUUAUCUACCAAUCAUUUGCCUGCACUCCAGUAUGUCAAUGGGGCAUUGAAUAAUUUUCUAACAAAUAAAUCUAUUAAUGAUGAAGCUAGACACAUUGGACUUGGUUCAAUUCUUGAGCAUCAUCGAAAACAAAGAACUGGAGAACUUAGGGCACAUCUUGAUGAUAUAUUAAUGAAACACAGAAGACAACAGCCUGAAAUGAUUGAAGAAGAAAUCAAUGAUGUCGAUGAUGACAGAGAAGAGUAUGAUGUCUUGGAAGAUGAAUUAGAUGAAAUAGAUCCGGUGAAAGUUAAUGCUGGUGAUUUAUUUGGAGAAACAUUGCUGGCAAUUUGUUACUGUUUAACACCAAGUCAUUUACAAGUUGUUCAGGAUACACAUAAUUUAACACCUAGAACAUUUAAUUUAUAUGAUGAAACUAGUGAUUUAAAUAAUUCAAUGAAUCAUACGUUGGAUGAUCAGUCAAUUGUUCAAACUUGUCAACGAAUUACACAUUAUCCAAGAAUAACACCAACUUAUCACAAAUCAAAAUAUAAAAAUCCAGUAAAAUUAGAAUCACAAAAUUCAUAUGAAAAUAAUGAGAAAUUAUUUUAUGCGACUAUUAAACAAAGUGAUAGUAAUAAAACUAUUAUUGAUAAAUCAUGUUUAUCUCUUGAGAUACCAUCAGUAUCACAAGCAUCAAUAAGAGCUAUUGAACAAAGAUAUAAUUCCAUAAAUAUUGAAGAUAAUUUCUUUCAAAAUAAUAUCAUUAAAAAUAAUUAUUAUAAUGAACAAGAAUCUAUCUCAUCAAAUUCAAGAAUAACAAAUGUAUUUACAGAAAAUAGUUGGGAUAAAAAUCAAUCAUUGAUUUCUAAAUAUUUAAAAAUUUCUCCAAAUAAAAUUAGUUCAUUUCAUGAUUCCAGAUAUUGCGAUAAUCAAUUUUAUGUGAAACACAAAUCCAAAGAAAGUACAACUUCAACUGCAGAGAGUACUCAUGAAGAAUAUCUUUCGAUAAAGAAACAACAAUUGAGCCAGAUAAUGAUAAUAAUGAUGACGAAGAAAAAGAAGAAGAAGGAUUUGCAGCAAAACCAAAAAUUUCAAGAACUCCACUACACAGUGCAAAAUUAAAUAGACAAAGUUCAUCAGAAGAAUCAAUUGAGAAAAGUUAAAAAAGUUAACAUAAAGUGAUUUUUUUUUCUUAUCAAAAUCAAGUGUCUUCUAAUUAAUAUUUAAUUAAUAAUAAUUAUAUUCAAUAAUAAAAGUUUUUAAAUAAUAA